CUCCUCACCCUACACACCGGGCCCUGUAAACCCCUCACCCCUACACUCACCCCUGGCCCUCUAAUCAGGAGCACACUCACCCCUACACUCACACCCUGGCCCUCUGAUAUCAGGGACACACCCCCCUGGCCCUUGAUUUUUCAGGAGCAACUCACCCUACACUCACCCGGCCCCUUUGGGCUCCAUGUCCUCUGAUAUCAGGGACAGCACUCACCCCUACACUACCCCUACACUCACCCCUGGCCCUGAAUCAGGACACACUCACCUACACACCGGCCUCACCCCUCCCCCACACUCACCCCCUGGCCCUCUGAUAUCAGGACACCACUCACCCCUACACUCACCCCUGGCCCUCUGAUAUCAGGGACACACUCACCCACCCACUGGCCCUCUGAUAUCAGGUACGCACUCACCCCUACACUAAACCCCCUGGCCCUCUGAUAUCAGGGACACUCAGGCCCUCUAAACACCUCACCCCUACACUCACCCCCUGGCCCUCUGAUAUCAGGGCACCUCACCCCUACACUCACCCUACACUCACCCCCUGGCCCUCUGAUAUCAGGUACGACCCCCAUCACCCCUACACUCACCCCACUCACCCCCUGGCCCUCUGAUAUCAAGGGACCACUCACCACACUCACCCCUACACUCACCCCUGGCCCUCUGAUAUCAGGGACACACUCACCCCUACACUCACCCCCUGGCCCUCUGAUAUCAGGGACACACUCACCCCCUGGCCCUCUGAUAUCAGGGACACACUCACCCCUACACUCACCCCCUGGCCCUCUGAUAUCAGGGACACACUCACCCUACACUCACCCCUGGCCCUCUGAUAUCAGGGACACACUCACCCCCUACAACUCACCCCCUGGCCCUCUGAUAUCAGGGCCCACACUCACCCCCAAAGCCCUGGCCCUC